AUGUCUCCUCCAGCAAUUAUAGCCCCCUCCAUCCUUAGCGCAGACUUCGCGACAUUGGGAAGCGAAUGCUCGGCCAAGAUUGAACAAGGAGCAGACUGGCUCCAUGUCGACAUCAUGGACGGCCACUUCGUCCCAAACAUCACUUUUGGGGCCCCCGUUGUGACAAAGAUCCGCCCACAUGUCCACCGUCCAGCUCAACCCCACGGAAAAGGGACGUUCGAUUGCCACAUGAUGAUUAUGGAGCCCCAUAAAUGGGUCAAGGACUUCAAGAAGGCCGGCUGCGAUCUAUACUGCUUCCACUACGAAGCCGCCGUCGCCUCAGUUGCGGCUGAGGACCCUGCCGACUACAAGACGACCCGCAAAACAAGCCCUAAGGAGCUCAUUCGGUAUAUCCAUGACGAGGGCAUGCAAGCUGGCAUUGCAAUCAAGCCGGAUACACCCGUCGACGUGCUAUGGGAUAUUCUCGCGACGGAAGAUGACAAGGAACGGCCAGACAUGGUUCUCGUCAUGACCGUGCACCCCGGUUUUGGCGGACAGAAGUUCAUGGCUUCGGAGCUCCCCAAAGUGCGCGCGCUGCGUGAGCGAUACCCGAACUUGAACAUCGAGGUUGAUGGAGGGCUAGGCGUCGGCACGGUCGACCAGGCGGCUGAAGCCGGUGCCAACGUCAUUGUCGCUGGGUCGGCUGUCUUCGGCGCCCAGGACCCCGGCGAUGUCAUCCAGAAGCUGCGCGAAGCGGUUGAUAAAUACAGAAAGGAAUGA